AUGGCUACACCGCAUGGGGGUCGAUUCUACCAUACCUUCACGAAGCGAAGUGCCGAGAAGGUGUUUGACAUUAAUAUUCCGGCGGGCCACAAGGUGCUCUGCGGUGGUGUGCGUGCGCACGGCGCCACCGGCAUCCUUUCCUCCUUCUACAACGUGGAGCAGGGCUCGUGGGUGGUGCAUCACGCCCCCAUCGACGACGGCGCGUCUGUCGUGCUGCAGGUGGUCACGCUGGUGGACCCGGACGACCGCUAUGACGUGGCCGUUUCAGUGGCCUCCUUGACAGAUGGCAUGAUGCCAGAUGAAAUUGAGAGUCUCACUCGCCGCACGGAGGUGUACGAACGCCACAGUGGACCGAUGAAUUUAGUGUCCUCCUCCUCCACUAUUACUACUACUACCCUCCCACCAUCUGCUAAGCCAGUGGUCCAGAAGCCGGGCCAACGACAUCACUGCAGACCGAAUCGCAGAAACAUCGUUUNCCCUCCCACCAUCUGCUAA